AUGCACCCGGUGGCCCGCCGGGUCUUCCUCGUCCUCGCGUUCCUCAAGCUGCUGGCGUCGGGCACCUACUGUCUCCUCAUGGCAGCACUUUUGCGCUUUGCCUCGCCCUCGGACGCCAUCAAGUACCAGAUCUUCGCCAUGACGACAUAUAGCUUUGGCACGUACGCGGUCUUCGGUCUUCUCUACUGGCUUGGCGCGCUGCACGUUCUCUGCGGCCGACGACCGAGCUGCUUGGACGUUCUAUCGUGUCGCUUGAUUUCAUCCACGUCGGCGCUGCCGUGGGCACUCGGAGUGCAAAUCCUCCAAACGUGCGUGCAGUUACUGCAGGCGUACCGCCUCAGUCAGCACGCUGUCAAUUUGGACAUUGCAUUUGUCUACCCGAUGCUCGUCGGCCUCUCGACGGCCGUGAGUCCGUGGUUCUUUCUCUUCAUCGACCCAUUCGUGCACCGCGACCUUUGGCUGCUUUUCAAUUGCCUUCUCAGCUUUGCCUUGGCCUCGGGGCAUUUUCGAUGGCCUGGACCACCGAGUACACGCUACUGA